AUGACAUUUCGUGGACAUGAUGAAUCUGAAGAUUCAAACAAUCAAGGAAACUUUCUUGAACUAUUGCAUUGGUUGUGUGAUCAUAAUCCUGAGAUUAAUGCCGUUGCUUUGACAAAUGCACUUGAAAAUUUGAAAUUAACAUCACCAAGAGUGCAAAAAGAUAUUGUAAGUGCUAUUGCUUCUGAAUGUCUGCAUGUGAUUAUCGAAAAUAUUCGUGAUAGUUUCUUCUUAAUUUUAGUUGAUGAAUCUCGAGAUAUUUCUGUGAAAGAGCAAAUGUCAGUUGUCAUUCGUUAUGUGAAGAGUGGGUGUAUAUUGGAACAUUUUAUCGGUGUCAUUCAUGUUUUGAAUACCACAGCAGCCUCACUUAAGGCUGCAAUUGAUCAAUUAUUCUCAACGCAUAGUUUAAGCAUAUCUAAUUUGAGAGGCCAGGGAUAUGAUGGAGCUAGUAACAUACGAGGUGAGUAUAAUGGCCUCAAAGCACUUAUUUUGAAAGAAAAUCCAAGUGCUUACUAUAUUCAUUGCUUUACUCAUCAACUUCAAUUAGCUCUUGUAGCCGUGGCACAGAAACAUCCGAAGAUUGAAACUUUCUUCACUAUAGUACAUAGAUUGGUGAAUAUUGUUGGAGAAUCAGCUAAACGGAGUGAUCUUAUUCGAGAGAAUCAAAGAUUGAAAAUUCUUGAAUCACUCAGUAUUGGUGAAAUAUCAAGCGGAAGAGGUCUCAAUCAAGAAAUUACUUUUCAGCGUCCUGAGGAUACACGUUGGGGCUCUCACUAUAGUUGUUUAAUUAACUUGAUUACCAUGUUUUCAACUAUAGUCGAAAUCAUUGAGAUGAUUGCUACUGAUUCUACAAGUACUGGAACAAGAGGUGAUGCAUGCAUUUCAUUGGAGUUGAUGUUAAGAUUUGAAUUUGCAUUUAAUCUAUAUCUCAUGAAAAAGAUUUUAGGGAUUUCAAACGAAUUGUCAAAAGCAUUACAAAGAAAAGAUCAAGAAAUUGUCAAUGCUAUGAAAUUGGUGCAAAUAUGUAAAAUACAAUUCCAAACCAUGAGAGAUGAUGGAUGGAAUUCUUUUUUGGGAGUGAUUUGUUCGUUUUGUGAAACUCACAAGAUCAAUGUUCCCGAUAUGGAUGAUAUGUUCGUAACUGUAGGUCGUUCACGGUGUGAGACAGUGACAAAUUUGCAUUAUUUUCGUGUGGAAAUGUUUUAUGCCGACAUUGAUAUGCAACUUCAAGAGUUGAAUGAUCGUUUUUCUGAAGCAAAUAGUGACUUGCUUAUUUGUGUUGCAUGUUUAUCUCCAAAUAAUUCAUUUGCUGCUUUUGACAAGAUCAAAUUGAUUCGACUAUGUCAGUAUUAUCCGGUAGAUUUUGACGCAGCAGAUAUCCUAGAACUUGAUGAUCAACUAGAUACGUAUAUUAUUGAUAUGCGCACUUCUGAAGACUUUGAAGAAUUACAAGGCAUUAGCGAUCUUGCACAGAAGUUGGUUGUGAAGAAUAAACAUGAAGUGUAUCCAUUAGCCUACAAACUUGUGACACUAACCUUAGUUCUUCCCGUGGCUACUGCUAUAGUCGAGAGAGCAUUUUCUGCGAUGACUUACAUCAAAAAUCGUCUGCGCAAUCGAAUUGGAGAUCAAUGGUUGAAUGAUAGUUCUGCAAUCCGUUCGUUCGAAAAGUUAGUUCACAAUGGAGAAAUUACACAGAAAUGA